AUGUUCGAGGAUUUCUCCUUCUCAACACCCUCGUCACGGCCGGGCCGUCUCUCGGUGGAUGUGGACGAUCGGCUUAUGGUCGAUUGUGACAGCAGUUUGGUCUCGCCAUUGUCUUCACGAUGUCCGUCUCCUCAGUCCCACCGAUUUCGCAACCUAUCUCACUCCCGACCAUCCUACUAUCGUUCGCAGCAGCAGCAGCAGCAGCAACAACAACAACAACAACAACAACAACAACUCCAUAACCACCACCAACACCAACAUCAACAGCCUCCGACCUCCGUCCCUUUCCCUUACGAAUCCAAACGCCUCUCCAUAUCCACCUUGACACAAAAACUUCAUGAACAUACUCUGCACACGUCGGGGGCUGGUGACCUUGCAGAUCGCGGCCAGCGGCCGCUGGACGGGCCGAGACUUCCGGGCCGAUAUGCCGGUUAUGUUCUGACGCCGCCGGACACGGAUCACGACAGCGACGGACGCGGUGAAACGUCUCCGUCGCUUUGCUCCAACCCGAGUCCAACGUCAAUUCCACCGGAAUUCCUCACUCUCGACCGGGUGGAAACACCUCAUUCCAUCCCGGAACUCCCUGAUCAUCUCGACGUUCGUCUGCAACGGCAACAGAUCUCUCAAUUGCAAUGCAACGAGGGGGACAUUGAUGCCGUGCGUCGCACAGUCGUGGAAGAGCCCUUCUCAUACCAUCCGGACUUGUCUUCGGAUGACUGUCAUCCCAGUUCCUUACCGCCACGAUCCUCCCCGCGGCGCAGAGCUUUGACAUUGCAGCGUAGCCGGUUUGGACCAGCUGAUACGCCCACGACCGAGGCCCGAGGUGGACGACGUCGAAGCAACUCUUGCGCAAUACAGUCUCAUCGUAUUGAAAAGAAUCACCAUCCCUGCCACCCUUGGCGGGAUAUGUCGAAACGAGGCGACCAUCAUGGUCUUCGCAGGAUGAGCAUGGUGAGCGCGGCCUUGGCAUCUGUUGUUGAGCGGCCUUGA